UUGAAAACACUGUACUAACUGCUACUGUUAUGUUGAAAGGCUGUACAGAACACUGCUCAGUGCAAGCUGUUAUCUUUCACCAUGGCUUGUAGGGAGGAAACCUGUGGAUAAAGCAUAAGAAGACCCUGUUCCUCAGCUGAGUUUGCUAUAUUAGCUCUCCUAAGGAAGCAGAACUGAGAAUGCUAACAUCAGUGGAUCACGUUAAGGACAAUUUCCUCACUUCUCUCAUUAAGACAAGGUGUGAAAAGCCAGGCACUGAGGAAAGGAGACAGAGAGUGGGAUAUCUGCUGUUGUUUUAAGAGAACUAGUGAGGGGAGGGCUCAGAAACAGCAGAGAGAAGAAUCCAAAUAAAAGGUGUGUGAAAAUACCUCACCGCGGUGUGCGCGGACUAAUCCUGUACGCGGAGGGCAGGAAAACUGCUGAAGGCUGUACCUGUACUUUUUACACCUGGUGGUCUUUGUGAGGGGAUGGAAGCUGUUCGGACGGAGGUUUUGUGUGUAAGCCGCCGGCGGUGCCGCUGCCACUCCCUCUCUGAUGACUCACAGGAGGCCUGUGAAGAGGAACUGGACUGGGAUAGUUUUAGCACAGCCAUACAACCUCGCCAGGAACAGGAGAGCCUGCAGCAGGCGGAGCAGCGGUGUGUGCAGCUGGCUCAGGCCAGGCGGGAGCUGGAGGUGCAGGUGGCUGGUUUGGAGGAGCGUCUGGAGCAGGAGGAGGGAGCCUCCGUCCAGCUGGCCUCUCAGCGCCAGAGACUGGAGGCCGAGUGCUGCGACCUGCGCCGUGACCUGGAGGAGCUGGAGAGCACACUGACUGCCGUAGAGAGAGACAAACAGUCCUCAGACUGUACUGUGAGAAAGCUCUCAGAGGAGCUCUCCCAGAGGGACGUGCUGGUGCAGAAGUUCCAGAAAGAGAAGGAUCACUUGGUGGAGCUCAGCCAGCAAGCCAUUGAGGACUUACAGUGUGAGGAGGAGAAGGUGAACCUCCUGACCAAAGAGAAAGCCAAGCUGCAGGUGCACGUGGAGGAGUUGGAGUACCAGCUGGAACAGGAGAGGAAGCAGCGCAGUGAGCUGGAGAGGAACAGGAGGAGGCUGGAGGGAGACAGCAAGAACACCAUGGAGAACCUAACCGAGCUGGGCAAGAUGAGGGCCAGCCUGGAGGAGCUCAUCAAGAAGAAAGAUGUGGAGAUUAGUGCCACCAGCAGCCGGCUGGAGGCUGAGGAAGCAUUGAGUGCAGGGCUGCAGAAGAAGAAUAAAGAGUUGCAGGUCCGCAUUGAGGAACUGGAGGAAGAACUAGAAGCAGAGAGAGCCAUGAGGGCAAAGGUGGAGAAGCAGCGGGCUGACCUGACCCGAGAACUGGACGAUCUGACAGACCGGCUGGAGGAGGCAGGAGGUGCUACAGCCUCUCAGAUGGAGAUGAAUAGGAAACGUGAGGCGGAGCUGCAGAGGCUGAGGCGGGAGCUGGAGGAGUCCUCAGUCCAGGCUGAAACGAUGGCGGCGGCUUUGCGGAAGCGUCACGGUGACACUCUGGCUGAACUGAGUGAGCAGUGUGAGGGUCUGCAGAGGACUCGGGCCAAACUGGAGAAGGAGAAGCAGAACCUGCUGCUGGAGGUGGACGAUCUGGCAGCCUCUCUGGACACCCUGCAAAAGGCCAAGGCAUCCACUGACGCACAGCUGAAAAAACUGGAGGAUUUGCUGUCUGAGGCCAACUCCAGGAAUGAAGAUGUGCAGAAAGCCCUUACUGAAGUGACUGGGGCAAAGAACAGACUGACAGCUGAAAAUAAUGAACUGAGCAGGCAGCAGGAAGAUGCAGAGAAUAAGUGCAGCCAGAUGAGCCGCUCAAAAACUCUGCUUCUGGCCCAACACGAGGAGCUGAAGAAGCAGUUUGAUGAAGAGGUCAAGGUUAAAGCAGCGCUGAACAGCAGUUUGACAGCAGCGAGACAGGAGUGUGAAGUGUUGAAGGAGCAGCUGGAGGAGGAGCAGGAGAGCAAACUGGAGCUGCAGCGCCUCGUCUCCAAACUCAACAGUGAUGUCACACACUGGAGGAGCCGCCACGAAGCUGACGCCAUCCAACACAGCGACGAACUGGAGGAGGCCAAGAAGAAGCUGUUGGCUCGGCUGCAGGAGGCUGAAGAGUCAGUGGAGGCCACGCAGGCCAAGUGCUCCAGCCUGGAGAAAACCAAGCAGAGACUUCAGGGGGAAGUGGAGGAGCUCUGUGUGGACCUGGAGAAGGCCAACAAUGCAGCGGCGGUGCUGGACAAGAAACAGCGCAUGCUGGACAAGCAGCUGGGAGACUGGAGGCAGAAGUGUGAAGAGCUUGUGACUGAGGUGGAGAGCUGUCAGAAAGAGAGCAGGCAACAUGCAACUGAGCUUUUCAAACUCAAAACAGCCUAUGAAGAGGCUGUGGAGCAAAGUGACGCUUUACGCAGAGAGAACAAGGCCUUCCAGGAGGAAAUUGCUGAUCUUACUGACCAGCUUUCGGAUGGGGGCAAGAGUGUCCAUGAGCUCCAGAAAAUGAAAAAGAAGAUUGAGAUGGAAAAAGAAGAACUGCAGGCUUCACUGGAGGAGUCUGAGGCAGCGUUAGAGGCUGAGGAGACCAAGGUGCUGCGGCUGCAGGUGGAGCUCUCUCAGGCUAAAGCAGACAUGGAGCGCAGGCUCCAGGAGAAGGAGGAGGAGCUGGACGCGGCCAGGAAGAGCCACCAGAGGGCGAUAGAGUCACUGCAGGCCAGCCUGGAUGUGGAGGUGAAGGGCCGAACAGAGGCAGCCCGUCUGAAGAAGAAGAUGGAGAGUGAUAUAAAUGAUCUGGAGUUACAGGUGGACCUGCUCAACAAGAACAACGCAGAGCUGAUGAAGACGGUCAAGAAGAUGCAACAGCAGAUUAAGGACCUGCAGGUGCGGUUGGAGGAGGAGACGCGUGUGCAGGAGGAGCUGAGAGAGGAGCACGCUCUGUUGGAGCGACGUUGCACUCUGCUGGUCACCGAAGGAGAGGAAAGUCGUGCUGGACUGGAGGCAGCAGAGAGGGCACGCAAGGCCCUGGAAACUGAGGUCCAAGAGACCACAGAGAAAUACAAUGAUAUCAACAACCAGUUACAGUCAGCCUCCAGCGGCAAGCGGAAAUUGGAAGUGGACCUUCAGCAACUGACCCAGGAGCAUGAGGAACUGCAGAAUGAAUUGAGGGGGGCCAAUGAUAAGACCAAGAAAGCUGUAUGUGAGACUACUCGAGUGGCUGAGGAGCUGAGGGUGGAGCAGGAGCAUACCAUGCAUCUGGAGCGGGUGAAGAAAGGCCUGGAGGCACAGCUCAAGGACAUGACCGUCAGACUGGAUGAGGCUGAGCAGCUGGCUAUGAAAGGAGGCAAAAAGAUCAUCCAGAAGCUGGAAGGAAAGGUGAAGGAGUUAGAGCUGGAUUUGGAAACGGAGCAGAAGAAAUACGCUGAGACAGUGAAGACCCUGCGGAAGAACGAGCGGCGCCUCAAGGAGCUACUCUUCCAGUCUGAGGAGGACCAGAAGAACCAGCAAAGGAUGCAGGAGUUGGUGGAAAGGCUGCAGAUCAAAAUGAAAACAUACAAGAGACAAGUGGAGGAGGCGGAGGAGCAGGCCAAUAUGAACCUGGCCAAGUACAGGAAGACUGUCCACGAGCUGGAUGACGCAGAGGAGCGAGCCGACAUAGCCGAAUCUGCUCUCACCAAGAUUAGGACCAAGAACAGAGGCAGUUUUGGCAAAGGCUACUCUUCAGGUUAUAGCACUCCGUAUCCAGGGGUGGUAAGGUCACCCAGCUCUGUUGGGUCAGAGGGCAGGGGUGAAAAGAUCCUCACUGAUGACGAUGAAUCUGUCAGUUCUCUCAUUCCCACCUAUCUCAAUUCCCUCAAGAAACUGAUGAUUGACUAGAGCAUUUUUCCCCAACAGCACAUGCCUUACAGAAAUUGGGACCUCUGGAAUGAAUACAGACCUCUGAUUUACGAUUUCCAAAAUUCCAAAUGAUAAAAUAGCAUAAACUUUGGUCAACACAAGCAUCUAUAUUCAGUAUUACUCUCUGUUUAGUUCACUGUUGCAUUUGUUUGAAAUAAUGCAGUCUGUGACUAACUGUACAGUGACAACUUUUGUUGUUGACUUUCUUCUCAAGCACUUUGGAUUUGAAAAGACUGUAAGGUUAAAGUGCAGAUCGCAUUUACUUCUGUAUUUGGUGAACCAUAUAGGAGUCACAGCACAAUUUGAUUCUAUUGCAGUUGUUAAAUUCUAUCAGGAGGCUGGAAACAAAAUAAAUCAAUCAGAGAUAUUUAUAACGUUAAAAUAAAUAUUUAAGACUAUUGUUUAAAGUUAUUUAAAGUAGGCUUGGGCAAUAUCUAAAAAUAAUCAGCACAAUAUUUUCUUGUUAAAAAAUACACUCCCUACCAAAGGAGUACACAUGUUCCGCUGUAGCUUAGACCUACUUUCCAUUUUUUAUUCAUUUAUUUAGUUCGUAUUCUUUUUCAUAAACAUGGUUUUAAUGCAGUUCUGAUCACAUAUUAGCUAAUAUAAAUACUGAGGAACCCAAAGCAUGUAGUAUUAUAUAUAUAUAUAAUAAUUUUCAUAGUUUAACUCACUUGAACCACUGAGACACUUAAGCUGUACGGAAAAUGCUGCAAACUUUUCUGAGACGGUAUGCCAUGAGAGGGGGAGGUGAAACAUGAAAUGAUUGGUAAACGUUAUUUUUCCCUGCCUGCUGAUGCACAGUGAUGUAUUCGAAACUCUGAGGAUGUUUUAGAAGUGAGCAAAAGUCAGUACAUUUUGUCAGAAUAUUGCAGAAAAACAAGAAUUUUGUCUUUCAUAUGAUAUAUGAUGAAUCAUUCUUAAUAUGAGCAUAGACAUGAACAACGUCAGUUCCUUUCAGGUUGAUACUCUGCACUUUAAUUUUACAGUGUUUAAUGUUAAACCCACUGUGCACAGAGCCAAAACAACCAAAGUUAUGUCACUGUUCAAUUACUUACAGCCUGCACUGUAAGUUUUUUCUCUUUGCCAAAACUUUAUCAUAAAUUGUCAAUAAUGUUCUUUUUUUAACUUCCACCAUAGUUAUAAAUAAACAGGAUUAAUGUUUGGUUUGUCUCUAAAGGGUUUUUAAUAAUAAAACACACCAAAUGAAUAUUUAAAGAUAUUAAGACUUAUACUAUUUAAAGUUUUUGAGCAUUUGUCUACUUACAUUCCAACUUUGCAAGUUUUACACUAAGAAUAAACUUUACAGAAUGCCCCAUUCCUGCAAUGUCUGGAAAUAAAUCAAUUAAAAUGCUGAAUUAUUAGAAAAGUAUCAACAUAUGUAUUUACUGUACUCUGAGUUUUUAACAAUAAAAAUAUGAAAAUG